AUGAGAAAAGAAACAGCUUCAGAUGAGGGAAAGGAAGUGCCAUACCCUUUGGUACCUUCCAAGAAAGAUAAGGAACGCCACCUGGCGAGAUUCCUAGACAUUUUCAGGAAACUGGAGAUAACAAUGCCCUUUGGAGAAGCUCUACAACAUAUGCCACUCUACUCAAAGUUUUUAAAAGACAUGUUGACAAGGAAGCACAAGUACAUUCACCGGGAAAAUAUAGUUGUGGAGGGUAAUUGCAAUGCUGUGAUCCAGAAAAUCCUUCCACUGAAGCUCAAAGACCCUGGGAGUGUAACCAUUCCUUGCUCAAUAGGUGAAGUCGCAGUGGUAAAAGCUCUCAUUGACUUGGGAGCCAAUAUCAAUCUGAUGCCACUCUCCAUGUGCAGAAGAUUGGGAGAGUUGGAAAUCAUGUCUACUAGGAUGACUUUACAAUUGGCUGACCGCUCCAUCACUAGACCUUAUGGAGUCAUUGAAGAUGUUUUGGUUAGAGUAAAACAUUUUACCUUCCCAGCAGACUUUGUUGUAAUGGAUAUCUGUGAAGAUAAUGACAUUCCCUUAAUCUUGGGAAGCCCAUUUAUGUUAACUGCAAGCAAUGUAGUUGACAUGGGAAGAAAGAAACUGGAAAUGGGCUUUGAAGAUCAGAGGAUCAAUUUUGAUUUAUUUGAAGAAGACAAGCCUGUGCCAGAUCAAAAUGUUUGCUUGCAGGUGAAGGAGGUUGAAAAAGAGGUCCUGAAGGUGAGGGCCAAAUAUGAUAUCACCCGUUGA